AAAAACAAAUUGAGAUGUUUUCUUUCUCUUCUUCGUCUUCCGUUUGUGGAGAAACGACAAACGACUCUCUCUGCUUUGCGUCUGCACGCCAAAGCUGACGUCAGUCGGGAAGAAGAACAGGAUGGGCAAGGAAGGUGGGUGUGGACAGAACAAAACAAUGGUGAAGCAAGAGCAGGAGUUAGCCAAUCGGCCUGACAACACUGCCUUCACUCAGCAGAGGCUUCCAGCAUGGCAGCCCAUGCUUUCAGCUGGCAUUGUCAUCCCAGGAUUUGUCAUCAUCGGCCUUGCAUUCAUUGGCAUUGGCGUUGCUCUCUUUAUCACUUCAAAGAACAUCCAGGUUAUGGAGAUGGACUACACUGGGUUUGAACCAGACUCGGAUUGCUUCAAGUGCUCCAACCCGGAAGAAAAGAAUUGUGUGUGCCAACUGGACUUCAACAUUAGCAGUCGAUUUGAGGGACCUGUGUUCUUUUAUUACGGUUUGUCCAACUACUUCCAGAACUACAGAAGGUAUGGUGUGUCCAAAGAUGAUGCCCAGCUGUCUGGAGACCUGGAUAACUUUAAGAGUCCCAGUGACACCUGUUCACCCUAUGACACUGACGGCAUAAAACCAAUUGUACCAUGUGGAUCAAUAGCAAACAGCAUGUUUAAUGAUACCUUCCUGCUGUAUCGGGAGGUCAAUGGGACAAAUGAGCUGGUUCCCCUCGAUGGCAAAGGGAUUGCUUGGUGGACAGAUUACAACGUCAAAUACAGAAACCCCAAUGUCACACCUCUAAAGGAGGCAUUCGAAGGUACGGUGAAGCCUUUAUUUUGGCCCAGACCUGCUUACGAGUUGGACACCUCAGACCCGAAUAACAAUGGCUUCAUCAAUCAAGAUUUCCUGGUGUGGAUGAGGAGGGCGGCCCUGCCAGAUUUCAGAAAGCUCUAUCGACGAAUUGCUCAGGGUGAUUAUGCACGGGGUCUGCCAGCUGGAAACUACUCCCUUAAAAUUGCCUACAACUAUCCUGUUCUGAGCUUUCAAGGGAGAAAGAAGGUGGUGUUCAGCAAUGUGUCCUGGAUGGGUGGCCGGAAUGACUUCCUGGGCAUUGCCUACCUUGUGAUUGGUUCAAUGUGCGUCUUCAUGUCCAUAGUCAUGCUCAUUGUCUAUGCUAAAUUCAAGUUUCCUGAAGAAGACUGAGUCAUGGACUUUUGUUUGCUGGUGUAUCCUCAGGAUCAGAAAAAGCCUGGUGUUGGUUUUACAAAUCAAGUUUUGACCUGUUUCCCCAAUGUCUGCAAAAUCAGAUGAUUUAGGAGUACAUUAACUACAUUAACAGGUUGAUUGCUAAUGGAACAGCUGUAAGAGGGGUCUCUUAAUGUUUUGCUUUUCGUCACAAAAUGAGCUACCUCCUCAAUUUAGGUCGGUAAUAAUAUUUAAGCCAAUACGAUACUAGACAAUAAUGUAUACUUGAUUGUGUGUGUGUGAUGUGUAGUUUAUUAGCUUGGAAAUAAUGCUGUAAAAUGUGAUUACUUUUAACUCAGAGAUCUGGUGUACAGGCUAUGCAAGCUCAUGUU